GAAGGAUUCUCUCAACUAGUCUCAGUUCUGUGUAGCAAGGAGUAGCUAGUGGUCUUAUGGUUUCCGUCUUCGUACGAGGAACACCGAACCGCCCAGGAGUGCAGUAGGAUUUAGCUGGACCUCGUUGCGUGCCGGAAGAUGAUGGAAAACAAGAUUGUUUUCCUGCUCUUCCUGGGGGCACUUUUAGGCGCCUCACGGGCGGAAGCUUUACCUGAUGAAAGCUUCCUUAUCACGUCGGUGAACAAGCAGAACUUGCUGAAAGCACUGCUGCAGCAAGAGUCGACCUCUUCCAAUAUUGGCCUCCGCGGAUCGGGUCAAAAGGACGAAGAUGGAUAUCAUUACGAUCGCCCACAGGAUCCGCUCUGUCUCCUAGGUGAUGGACCACACUGUCAGCAAACGAAACCUGACAACGGUUAUCUGCCGCCUUGCGCACCAGGAUCGCAAGGACCGAACUGUCAGCCAACUGCACCCAUCUGUCCCCAGGGCGGAAAUCCACCGCAUUGCUGUACAAAUGGAGGAAAUGGACCGAACUGUGUAUUGCCGGAAGUACCUCCGAUACCGCCGAUCAUAGUUCAUCCUGGCCAUACCGGAGCACCCAUCGUACAGGUACAGACCUUCGUGUACGGAGCAUGCACCAACGGUGGCUCUGGACCGUACUGCUGUACAAAUGGAGCAAACACGCCCGACUGUGUUCUGAGUGCACCUCCUAUUGUGGUUGAGGCUCCACCACAGCCACCACCAACGAGGCCACCGCCGCCCCCGCCAACGAGACCACCACCGCCACCGCCAACCACAACGAGACCUCGUCCACCGCCAACGACGAGACCUCCGCCGCCACCGACCACUACAAGGCCUCGACCGCCACCAACGACGAGACCUCCGCCACCGCCAACCACUACUCGCCCAAGACCUCCACCUACUACGACUCGUCCUAAGCCUCCACCUACUACCACUCGUCCUAGACCUCCACCGACGACCACGAGGCCACGUCCUCCGCCAACUACUACACGUCCAAAGCCACCGCCAACGACGACCAGGCCACGACCACCGCCAACUACCACUCGUCCAAAGCCGCCGCCGACGACUACGAGGCCACGCCCUCCUCCAACUACCACUCGUCCGAAGCCUCCGCCAACGACGACAAGGCCACGACCUCCGCCAACUACCACUCGUCCAAAGCCUCCGCCAACGACGACAAGGCCGCGACCUCCGCCAACUACAACUCGUCCAAAGCCACCGCCAACGACGACCAGGCCACGACCUCCGCCAACGACCACUCGUCCGAAGCCACCGCCAACCACAACAAGGCCACGACCUCCACCAACGACCACUCGUCCGAAGCCACCGCCAACCACAACAAGGCCACGACCUCCACCAACGACCACUCGUCCGAAGCCUCCGCCAACGACGACCAGGCCACGACCACCACCAACUACAACUCGUCCAAAGCCACCGCCAACGACGACCAGGCCACGUCCUCCACCAACGACCACUCGUCCAAAGCCACCGCCAACGACGACAAGGCCGCGACCUCCGCCUACGACGACUCGUCCGAGACCUCCGCCAACUACAACUCGUCCUAAGCCACCACCUACAACAACCCGCCCAAGACCUCCUCCAACUACAACUCGUCCUAAGCCACCGCCGACAACGACGCGUCCUAAGCCACCGCCGACGACGACGCGUCCCAAGCCUCCGCCAACUACUACCCGACCAAAACCGCCACCAACGACAACGAGACCAAGACCACCGCCAACCACGACACGGCCAAGACCGCCACCGCCUCCGCCACCAACACCAACUCCUGCAUAUCCAAUCAUACCUGUGACCCAACCACCGGUAGUGUACCUCGGAUGCCCGAAUGGAGGUGUUGGUCCUUACUGCUGCACGAACGGAGGAAUCGGCCCGAACUGCGACGUACCACAGGGACCACCGUAUCAAUCGUGCGACAACGGCGGUCAACCACCGUUCUGCUGUACCAACGGAGGUGUUGGUCCGUACUGCGUGGAGAUUCAGCAAGCAAUCGAAGUCCGUCCACCGACGACUAUCGUUUACACGGAACCGGUUUACCAACCGAUAGGGCCAGUUGUAGUGCCUCAGGGAAUCCGCCCUGGACAGGCUCCUCUGCCAACGCAGCCACAGCAGGUCCAGUACCAACCAUAUCAACCGCAGAUCCAGUACCAACCACAACAGCCACAGUUCCAGUAUCAACCGAUUCAGCCGCAGCAGCCACAGAUCCAGUACCAGCAGCAGCAGCAGCCACAGAGCCAGUACCAACCACAGCGCCCAAUUAAUACACCUAGCUACGGUUAUCAGCCUCAGGUAACCAUAGUGCCUAGCUCUACACCUGCACCAUUCUUUGCCGGGUCAAGCGCACAGACCGGUAGCGUCUUUGGACAGUCAUCUGCGAAUGAUUUUGUUCAAGCCAUAACGCCACGUCCGGCCGCUCCUGCCGCUCCAAGACCCCAGGCACAGCAGCAGGCAGCCCGACCACAGGCUACACCAGCACCAGCUAGACAACAACCUUCUGCACGGCCACAGGCUUCUCCAGCACCAGCAAGACAACAACCUUCGGCACGACCACAGGCUUCUCCAGCACCAGCAAGACAACCUUCGGCACGACCACAGGCUUCUCCUGCACCGGCAAGACAACAACCUUCUUCACGACCACAGGCUUCUCCGGCGCCAGCAAGACAACAACCUUCGGCACGACCACAGGCUUCUCCGGCACCGGCAAGACAACAACCUUCGGCACGACCACAGGCAGCUUCGCCACAGCGACAGACUGGUGGCUUCAAUAACGAUUUCUCCAACAAGGCUCCAGUGAGACCAGCGUCGGUGGCAGGAGCAGGACAAUGUGAAGGUUCGAACUGUGAGCACGGCUUCUACUACAAACUCGGUGAUCAGGCGGUCAUAUUUUAGGGAUUAGGAAAACAUUCACGUAUGAUGUAAGAGAUAUUGGUUUAUGUACAUAAAUAAAUGGUGGUUCCGCCGUGCCCGAUGGAACAAAUAAUAA